GCCACGCCCUCACUAAGGCCACGCCCACCGGGCCCGGCCUCCCUUGGCCCCGCGCUCGGGGACCGGCCACCGCCCCAAACCUGGACCCUGAUCCCCGCCAUGCGCGCUGCCCCCGCCGCCCCGCUGCUGCUCCCGCUGCUGCUGUUCCUGCCGGGGCCGCAGCUUCAGGCUGUGACGGGUGUCGCCCAGCAGCCGCUGCCCGCCGUGGUGCUCGCCGUCCUGGCCCGCAAUGCCGAGCACUCCCUGCCCCACUACCUGGGCGCCCUCGAGCGCUUGGACUAUCCCCGGACCCGGCUGGCACUCUGGUUUGCCACGGACCACAAUGUGGACAACACCACAGAAAUGCUACAGGAGUGGCUGGCCGCCGUGGGCGGUGACUACGCAGCCGUGGUGUGGAGGCCAGAGGGGGCUCCCAGGGCCUACCCAGAUGAAGAAGGUCCCAAGCACUGGAGCAAAGAGAGGUACCAGUUUUUGAUGGAGCUGAAACAGGAGGCGCUGACCUUCGCCAGGAACUGGGAGGCUGACUACAUUUUGUUUGCAGACACAGACAACAUUCUGACCAACAACCAGACGCUGCGGCUGCUCAUAGAGCGGCAGUUGCCCGUGGUGGCCCCCAUGCUGGACUCUCAGACCUACUACUCCAAUUUCUGGUGCGGGAUCACUCCUCAGGGCUAUUACCGCCGCACGUCCGAGUACUUCCCCACCAAGAACCGUCAGCGCCGUGGAUGCUUCCAGGUCCCCAUGGUGCACUCCACCUUCCUGGUGUCCCUGAGGGCCGAGGGUGCAGCCCAGCUGGCUUUCUACCCCCCGCACCCCAACUACACAUGGCCCUUUGACGACAUCAUCGUCUUCGCCUAUGCCUGCCAGGCGGCUGGGGUGUCAGCUCACGUGUGUAACGAGCAGCGUUAUGGCUACAUGAAUGUGCCUGUGGGGCGCCACCAGGGCCUGGAGGACGAGAGGAUCAACUUCAUCCACCUCAUCCUGGAGUCUCUAGUGGACGGCCCCCCAAUGUGGGCCUCAGCACAUGUGUCUCGACCUCCGAAGAGGCCCAGCAAGAUGGGGUUCGAUGAGGUCUUUGUCAUCAGCCUGGCCCGGCGGCCAGAGCGCCGGCAGCGUAUGCUCAGCUCACUCUGGGAGAUGGAGAUCGCAGCGCGGGUGGUGGACGCUGUGGAUGGCAGGACACUCAACAGCAGCACCCUGAGACGUCUGGGCGUGGAGAUGCUCCCUGGCUACCAGGACCCCCACUCGGGCCGCACACUCACCAAGGGCGAAGUGGGCUGUUUCCUCAGCCACCACUCUGUGUGGGAGGAGGUAGUUUCCAGGGGCCUAAGCCAGGUCCUGGUGUUCGAGGACGAUGUUCGCUUCGAGAGCAACUUCCGGAUGCGGCUGCAGCGGCUGAUGGCGGAGGUGCAGGCUGAACAGCUGGCAUGGGACCUGAUCUACCUGGGCCGGAAGCAGGUGAACCCCGAGGAAGAGGCUGCUGUGGAGGGGGUUCCUGGCCUCGUGGUAGCAGGUUACUCCUACUGGACUCUGGCCUACACGCUGAGCCUGUUGGGUGCCCGUAAGCUGCUAGCCUCGAAGCCCCUGCACCGCAUGCUGCCCGUGGAUGAAUUUCUGCCCAUCAUGUUUGACCAGCACCCCAAUGAGGAAUACAAGGCCCACUUCUGGCCACGGGACCUGCAGGCCUUCUCAGCCCGGCCCCUGCUCACAGCACCCACCCACUACGCUGGGGACACCGAGUGGCUCAGUGACACAGAGACGUCCUCCGCCUGGGACGAUGACAGUGGCCGCCUGAUCAGCUGGAGUGGCUCCCACAAGACCCUGCGCGACCCCCGCUUGGACCUGGCCAGCGGUGGCCACAGCCUCCGGCCCCGGCCCCAGGACGAGCUAUAGAUGAGGGGCUGGAUCAAGCUGCACCCUUUUCUGGUUGAUGCUUGUAUCAGCCCCCUUUUCCCUCUUUUUCUUGCUGUUUCGGGGCCACAUCCAGCAGGGCCUAUUCCUGGCUUUGCACUUAGAAAUCACUCCUGGUGAUGCUUAAUGGUUCCUAUGGGAUGCUAAGGAUUGGACUGAGGCUUCUGAGUGCAAGGCAAAUGCCCUCUCCACUGUGCUAUCACUUUGGGUCCAUCAUUUUCUGGCUCUUCCUUUCCCUGCCACCUCUAUGUCUGUGUUUGAGACACUGCCUGACUUUCCAUCCCACCCUCUUCACC